AUGUUCUAUGUGCUCGCGAUAUCAGUAGUCUUCUGUCUCCUCUGGCCCUGCCUGUCGCUCACUCGGAGAUUGUACUUUCACCCACUUCGCGAUCUACCUGGACCCAAUCUGUGGAUUGCUUUUCCCAUCUUUCGCUAUGUCUCCCUGGUUAGAGGACGGCUGGAUAUUGACCUUCGAUCUUUCCACAAUAAAUACGGCGAGGCUGUCCGAUUUGGUCCUGAGGAAGUCUCCUUCAUCACUGCUCAAGCAUGGAGGGACAUCUACACACAUGGUCACGGCGAGCGGCAACUCCCUAAAGUUCUCCACUCAACAAGUAAUCCGUCAGACAUCAUCAGCGCCAACAAUGCUGACCACAGCCGCUUCCGCCGAGCCCUGUCGCACGCCUUCUCUGCCAAGGGCUUGCAGGUCCAGGAGCCAAUUCUCCGCGGCUACGUGGAUAAGCUGAUCCAGCGGUUGGAGGAGAUCGCUGCAUCGCCCAAUCCGGUAGUCAACAUAGUCAAGUGGUACAACCUGACUACAUUUGACCUUAUCGGAGACCUCGCCUUCGGGGAACCAUUUGGAGGGCUGGACUCGCUUGAAUACCACCCGUCACUUAUGGAGAACCGCGAGCGACAGAUCGAAUAUAGCAAUCUUACCGUCCGGAAGCGCCUCCGAAGCACCCUCCAUCGCGGCCCCGUCGACUUCAUGGACAGCAUGUUGCGCUAUCGUGGCGACAAAGAAAAGGAGCUCACCGACAAAGAGAUGGAAGCUAACGCCAAUAUCUUGAUCAUCGCCGGCAGUGAAACCACCGCCACCCUGCUGUCGGGGGUCACCUACUGGCUGCUGCGAACGCCCGACGCCCUUCGCAAGGUCUCCGACGAGGUGCGCUCCUCCAUAACGUCCGAUUCAGACAUAACCUUUCAGACGACCUCUCAGCUACCAUACAUGCUUGCCUGCCUAAAUGAGGCCCUGCGAAUUUACCCGCCCGCGCCGGGGGGACUCGAACGCAUAACAAUACCCCCAGAUUCAAUUAAUAUCUCAGGAUACAAGAUCCCUCCUGGAACAAAAGUAUCUGUUCACCAAUCCGCUGCGUACCGUUCCCCCCUCAACUUCCACCGCCCCGAAGAAUUUCUCCCAGAGCGCUGGUUACCGCUCGCCAAAGAAGAUGCCUCGUCGCCCUUUUACAACGACAACCGCGACGUACUUCAGCCGUUCUCGAUUGGCCCUCGCAACUGCAUCGGGCGAAACCUGGCAAAUGCUGAGAUGCGUAUGAUUCUGGCGCGCAUGCUGUGGAACUUUGACAUUGAGCUUUGUACAGAGAGCAAAGGUGAAUCAAAGGGGUUUAUCCGUUGGGAGAAUGCCUUAGACUCUUCACCAGCGUAA